GCAAGCUACCCUUUGAUGGCUAGUAUGGUCUGUGCAUUACAGGGGUUUCCGCCGCCCCAUGUGCAAUCACUAUCUCCGUAGACGCUUGUCCGCCUUUUUGCUUUGCUGCGCUCCUUGGCCAUCGUUUGGUGAAAUGCUGAGCAAUUGGAAGUCCAUCACAUGGUCUCAGCUACGGGCCAAUGAUGUUCAGAGGCGCACAAUCAACACCAGCUGAAAGACUCCAACAGGCGACCUCUCAAACCCCUGCCCUCUCCAAACACUCAGGCUUUCCUGCCAGUCCGACAAGCCAAUGGCUAAAAUGGUUUGCUAGCUACCUUUGAAAAUCCCGUUGGAGCAUCUUCCGGCUGACUGUGCACUUGUCCCUGCCCGUCCUUUCCGUUUGCAUAGCCGACAUGACAUGCAGCAAGUCGACGAUGCAUCCGCAGUAUGACCCACACUCUGCUUCAUAGUCUAUAUCGUCGCCUUACAUCUUGCUAUAUAUGCCACUGUCGCCUGGUCGAGUCAGGAAUCACUCCAAACACCACUUUACUCUCAUCAACGAUCUCUUUAUUGUUUUGCUUGCGUUGAAGCCAUUGCUUCAAAAGUUGCUUUCGAUUUCAGACACCGAAAAUAACCCAUCGCCACGCACGGUCCCGAGAAUGUGCUAUCAGGUCGUCGAACGCUACUCGGUUUGCCGAUGUCUAUAUUACAAACACGCCAUCGAUCCGUGUGCUGCUCAUGGACAGCGAGGACAUAUGGUCCAGGAAAAGACAGUUCUUGUAGGCUAUGCUUGCAAUACACAUAGUAGCCACCGACCCAACAUCGCCUACCAUGCUAGUGUUCAUUCAGAUUCUGGCUACGGAAGCAGUUCAUGUUCUUUUGGUCCCUUACGAUGAGAGAGAAAUAUAACCUCAACACUGGCCCGAGAACGGCCAUGGAAAUCCUUCCAAAAAUAUCGUCUACCAACGCGCUCGGCUCCUUGGCCUCUUCGAGCUGGUCACUCGGCGCCAACUCCCACAGCACUGUUACUUCGCGUCUUUUUGUACACUUGGAAAUACAUGCAUUGGUACGGAGUUAUCUACAGUCAUGGCACAAUCAUGAUAGGGCAAAUGUAUGAAUACGAUGGACAGUCGGCGUUUGUAUUGAGCUGUAAGAUACAUCAGGAGGAUUUAGGAGGCCUUUUUUUCAUAAAUAUCUGGCAGGCACUAGGAGAAUCAUGGACGGUAAACCCACUCCGCUUACUUAGUCACUGUCGUUACUAGCAUCAUAGCGUUCGUUCUAAUAUCGCUACAUUAUUCUUACAACUCGCCCAAAUCUGCCUUGCGCGGGAUGACAGCA